AUGGGCUAUGGCGUCGAUGCCCAGUUCAGACGUCAGGUGACCUCCAAUUUGCGGGAGAUUCUGGAAUCACGGGACGAGGGCACAAGCCCUGGAUACCACAACUCGCUUAGCGACACCCGCCCCAGAUCUCAGCGCAACUUUCGAUACGCCCAGCGACGACAACGACAACCAGCCCUUCAACGGAAUCGCCAGCCUUUCUCGUCGAAAGAUUCUAGCAGACUGACAACGAUUACAGCGAAGGGUACCUCCAGCUUCGGCAAGCGCCACAACAAGUCUCACACCCUCUGCCGGCGUUGUGGCAAACGCUCCUUCCACAUCCAGAAGUCGACCUGUGCCAACUGCGGUUACCCCUCCGCUAAGGUUCGCAAGUACAACUGGAGCGAGAAGGCCAAGAGAAGAAAGACCACCGGCACCGGCAGAAUGAGCCACCUCAAGGAUGUUCACCGUCGCUUCAAGAACGGCUUCCAGGUCGGCACUCCCAAGGGCGCCCGUGGUCCCGAAAUCCACUAA